AUGUCUGCCAAUAACUCUACUACUACUGAAAUGGAAGCCGCUCCCGCUCUUGUUGAUGAUGUUCCAUCCACCAAAGAUAUCUUUUUGAAUCGUGCUAGACUGUACCCACUUGUGCAAUCCACAAGAAGUGCAAUUUAUUCGAUUCCGUGCACUACUCAAGUAAAGAAUGCUAUCAAGCCAACACUCAAGAUUAUCAGAAGCACAGAGCCGAUCAAGACUAUCAUGGAUAAUGGUGACUUGAUUGGUAUAUAUUCUCUCGAUCAAUUGGAUAGGAUAUUCCCUACUUUGAAGACAUUGGAGGCUCACGAUUUGACUGAUCCUGUUACUCGUCCCUUCAGAAGUACCUCUACGUUUGUUAAUCACUGCAUCGAAGGCACCAACCAAAACUUUCAAUCUGUGGUCGUUCAGCCCACUAACAAGGCCAUGAAUGAUUUAAGAACUAGUUUAUUUUCUGUCAUCUAUGACGCUAAUGGCAAAGGUGUAAUCUCUAGCAGAGCAGAUCCGAUCUUCAAACCAAUUAACAACCAGUUAGAAACGGCUAUUAGCAGAUACUUGCACGAUAUCAAAACCGUACCUGAAGAGGGACUGACUAGUGAAAUGUCCAGAACUUGGAGAAUCUUGCUUAAUGCUAUGAUGGGCGUCCAUCAAGUAGCUGAGGUAUCAGUUCAGCCCGAAGUUGGUUCAGUGGUUCCUGAACAAUCAACAGAAGGAAUUGCAAUUGUUUAG